AUGGUUUUCAACUGUGUUGGAGUAGAAGAACAUCAUGCUGUUGACAUUGACCUGUACCACUGUCCCAACUGUGCAGUUCUCCAUGGUUCCUCCUUGAUGAAAAAGAGGAGGAACUGGCACAGACAUGACUACACAGAGACCGACGACGGGUCCAAGCCGGUGCAGGCCGGGACUAGAGCCUUCGUUAGGGAACUGCGGUCCCGGGUCUUCCCCAGUGCUGAUGAGGUCAUCGUGAAGACGCACGGCAGCCAGCUGACGCAGAGGUACCUGGAGAAGCAUGGAUUUGAAGUCCCUAUUAUGGUCGCCAAGCUAGAUGACCUAGGACUCAGGCUCCCUCCACCCACUUUUUCUGUUAUGGACGUGGAACGUUAUGUAGGUGGUGACAAAGUGAUAGAUGUCAUUGAUGUGGCAAGGCAGGCAGACAGCAAAAUGACACUUCACAAUUAUGUUAAAUACUUCAUGAAUCCUAACAGACCAAAAGUGUUAAAUGUGAUCAGCCUUGAAUUUUCAGAUACAAAGAUGUCUGAAUUGGUGGAGGUCCCUGAUAUAGCCAGAAAACUUUCUUGGGUGGAAAAUUACUGGCCAGAUGACUCAGUCUUUCCUAAGCCAUUUGUUCAGAAGUACUGUUUGAUGGGAGUUCAAGACAGCUACACAGAUUUCCACAUCGACUUUGGUGGGACUUCAGUGUGGUACCAUGUCCUCUGGGGUGAGAAGAUUUUUUAUUUGAUAAAGCCAACAGAUGGAAAUUUGGCCCUCUAUGAAUCUUGGAGUUCAUCUGUGACCCAGAGUGAAGUGUUCUUUGGAGAUAAGGUGGAUAAAUGCUACAAAUGUGUGGUAAAGCAAGGACAUACCUUAUUUGUUCCUACAGGGUGGAUUCAUGCUGUGCUCACUUCUCAGGACUGUAUGGCUUUUGGGGGGAACUUCCUGCACAACCUUAACAUUGGCAUGCAGCUCAGGUGUUAUGAGAUGGAGAAAAGGCUAAAAACACCAGAUCUCUUCAAAUUCCCUUUCUUUGAAGCCAUAUGUUGGUUUGUAGCCAAAAACUUGCUGGAAACCCUGAAAGAGCUACGGGAAGACGGCUUCCAGCCUCAGACGUACCUCGUGCAGGGGGUGAAGGCACUGCAUGCUGCUUUGAAAUUGUGGAUGAAAAAAGAACUUGUGUCUGAACAUGCCUUUGAAAUUCCAGACAAUGUUAGACCUGGACAUCUCAUUAAAGAACUUUCUAAAGUAAUUCGAGCAAUAGAGGAGGAAAAUGGCAAACCAGUUAAAUCUCAGGGAAUUCCUACUGUGUGUCCAGUUUCACGAUCCUCAAAUGAAGCAACUUCUCCAUAUCAUUCCCGACGGAAGAUGAGGAAGCUUCGAGAUCAUAAUGUCCGAACUCCUUCUAACCUGGACAUCCUCGAACUCCACACAAGGGAGGUCCUCAGAAGGUUGGAGAUGUGUCCGUGGGAAGAGGAUGUCCUGAGCUCUAAACUGAAUGGAAAAUUCAACAAACAUCUCCAGCCAUCUUCCACAGUACCUGAAUGGAGAGCAAAAGAUAAUGAUCUACGAUUACUGCUGACCAAUGGAAGAAUAAUUAAAGAUGAGAGACAACCCUUUGCAGAUCAAAGUCUUUACACAGCAGAUAGUGAGAAUGAAGAGGAUAAGAGAAGAACCAAAAAAGCAAAAAUGAAAAUAGAAGAAAGUUCAGGAAUAGAGGGCAUGGAGAAUGAAGAAUCUCGGAAACCACUUAACAGGUUUUUUACAAGUGUGAAGUCAGAACUCAGGAAUCGAUCAUCAGAAUAUUCUGACAUUUCUGAUUCAGAAGACUCUGGACCUGAUUGCACCACACUGAGAAGUAAUUUUGCCACUGAAGAGUCUGAAAGUUCAGGUGAUGAAAAGAAACAAGAAAUAACAUCAAACUUUAAGGAGGAAUCAAGUCUAAUGAGGAACUUCCUUCAAAAGAGCCAGAAGCCAUCUAGAAGUGAAAUUCCAGUUAAAAGGGAAUGUCCUACCUCGACCAGCACAGAGGAGGAAGCAGUUCAGGGCAUGCUGUCUAUGGCAGGGUGGCACUGCUCCCCGUGUUUGCAGCGGCCGGGACAAAACGCAGACCGCAGUGGCGACAGGCCCUCUGCGCAGGACCCCAGCAGCUGCCACAGUAGUGACCAUGAGGCCAGGCAGUUGUAUCGCAGUGAUAAGCCAGUGGAAUGUGGAUACCAUGUUAAGACUGAAGAGCAAGACUUGAGGAAUUCUUCCUGGAUGAAACAGUUUGAUACAACGUCCAGAUUUAAUCUUCAGGAUAUAAAUAGAGGCCAGAAAUACAUCAAAAAAGAAGUUUCCUCAGAAGUCGUUCAAAAGGUCCAAAGUAGAAAUUCUGCGGACAGCAGUGGCUCAGGCCCUCAGAAUGGGAAAUACAUGCAGAAUCCCAGCUCGAGUGCAGGGGCAUACCAGAUGAGCGAUGGCGGUGUGAGCCCGGAAAGGCCAGUUGGUGAAACGUCCUUCUCAGUGCCUCUUCACCCCACCAAGAGACCCGCAUCAAACCCACCACCUAUCAGCAACCAGGCAACGAAAGGUAAACGCCCCAAAAAAGGAAUGGCAACAGCCAAGCAGCGUCUCGGCAAGAUCCUCAAGUUGAACAGAAAUGGCCACGCCCGCUUCUUUGUGUGAUGGAGCUGCCGUGGUGGCCUCUCUUCCCUGGGAGACCAUCUUGGGGACAGGAGCCUGGAGCCCCGCCGUGCCCGCGGAAGCAGUUUGCAUGUACAGUAGGGAACACUGCCUGAAGAACAAACGGACCCGAUGCUGCAUUGUCACUGUGCCACACCCACUCAGCAAUAACCACUGGGACCUGGUGGGAGAGGACGAAGGAGGGCGAACCUUCGAAAGAGACCCUGAACUGGAACGGGCCUCUUGUCAGGGCUUGAGCUGCAUUUGUUGUUGGUAGUGUCUUGAUUUAUUUUCAGUGGUAGGGUAAAGAAUUAUCAAUAAUUUAUUUAACAGAUUUUUUUUUUAAAGUUAACAGCCUUUAAAUUCUUUCUUUUUUAAAGCUAUUUAUUUGGAAGAUUUCUGGAGAAAUAUCUCACUAAUUUAGAUUUAAGAAUGUGAAGGUUUUUUAAAUUAUUUUUGAUAGUGUGUGUGUUACAUGUGGGGAAGAGCCACGGUAGCAGUAACUAGUCUGGACUCUUAAAUUUGAUAUUCAGGUUAAAGUCUUAAACAGGGAUUUGAUGCAUUAAUUAUUUUAAAUUAAGAUGUAUAUGAAAAUCAUUUUAUUUUAUAUAUUUCAUGUGUUUUUUAUAAGCUAUUAGCUUCGCUUUUGCUAACAUCCAAGGUGCAUACUGUUAUCCAGGUUGAUUACCUUAUACCCCGCCUCCCUCUGCACUCCCCAUCUUUUGUGACGAUAUUACAGAACUCUUCUCUUUGCAGGGAAAUACUUUCAUAGCCAAUGGAUAAGAACUACAUAAACGAUCCUACAUCUCUCAUUUCAUUUGACAUGGCAAUUUUCUUCUCAAUAUAACAAUAGGCUUCUUGCAUUUUCAUUUUUGCUGGUGAUAUCUGGGUCCCAAAGAGAACAGCUUUAAUAUCUUUUUCCUACUUGUGGGAAAAGUGUUCUAAGUUUGGUUAAUUGUCAUGUUUGUGGUUUUUCAGAUGCAUUUGUAACUACAGAGGGCCUUCUUCAUACUGCUGGUGUUGGAGGGCAUGGCCCCUCCCUGCCACAGAGGUUAUAUUUUAUGAUGCUUUUAUUCUGUGAUUUAUUGGAAAAUAUGAUUUGAUGUAGUAUAUUCAAAUCUGCAUAAUAAGCCGUAAUAUAAUAAGACUAUACUGUAUUAAGUUGUAUAGAAGCAAGCAUGUUGGAGUAGAUCCCUCGGGUGUGUGUGGAGUGGGUGUGGGUGUGCACACGUGUGUUUAGCUUUUAUGUCUGAACUUUCUAAAGAACUAAGAGUACAAUGGGUGCUUCUUGCCGUUUCUUCCAUCUGUCCCGACUUAACCAGUGCAUAUUGAGGUUAAGUGUCUGGUUGAGCUUUAAGGAAUCAUUUAUCUCCUUUAUGCCACUUUUACUAGAUGCCAGUUUUCAUUUGUGCUUGUUUUUCCUUCCCUCUCCCCGCCCAUAGCAUAAACAUAAGUGAAUGCUCGAAGCGGGGUGGAGAUAGUCCCAGUUCUGAUAAAGGGCAUUUUUUACAAGGUCCUCUAAAGAAAACAGAGACAAAUAGGAUAAAGUUUAUUUUUAUUGGUGAGGAAACACGAUC